AUGCUUGCCGAUAGCAAUGAAGUCAUGCGUUGCAAGUAUAUUUUGGCCAUUCUUCACGCUUCGCUCUAUAUCGUCAAAAGAAUAACCAAAAAAGAGCUUACUUUGGCACCUCAGCUCGAAGUUGUCAGCGAAGAAAAUACUGGUCAAGUUGAUUAUGCAAUCAAAGCCCUUGAGGAACUUAUUUGCAUUACAGAAGAGAAGCUAUAUCAAGUGGUUAUAG